GCUAACUUCACGUUUGUUUAUCUUUGAUUUAUGCCAUCAGCUGUGUUGUAAUUUUGCUUUCAAAAUUAUUAAAUAAGUUCUUUUAACAGGAAUUUUUCGGAUAAAUUUCUGCACAAAUCAACUCAGUACGCUAGCAUUAACGAUGCACUACCAUAUUUCGUGGCAGUGUCUCGACCUUUCCUAACUUCUAGGACAUGAUCUAAUCGUUAUUUGGAGCAAACUGUGAUGUUCUGGUGGAUUUGUGUGUCAUGCUUAAUCUUAAAUAUAAAAAACAAAAAUAUGAAGACUCGUCACUGUCUGUACUCAACGGAGUUGGUUCAACUUCGGCAGUAACAAAGGAACGCGCGAGGAAACUCUCCGAUGCUGACGAAAGCCGGCUCAACGCCGCGAGACACUCACUCGUGCCCGCAUCGACUCAAGUUAAGACUCAAAGUUUGCCGAACUCCUCGCGAUCCUCCUGCGGAAAUAUCGCCACCUUGAUAUUCGAUCCGCUGCGUGUUCCGCCCGAAGAUUUCGCCACUCAGUUGGUCUUGCUCGACGUGCCGGUUUUCUUCGCCAUUAAACCGGACGAGUUGACGAGCUGCGCGUGGAACAAGAAGAAUAAGUUAACGGUCACUCCGAAUGUUGUGGCGUUUACGAGGCGAUUUAAUCAUGUCAGCUUUUGGACGGUGCAGGAGAUACUGUCGAGGCCGACGCCUAAGCAACGAGCCGACAUGAUGGGCCACUUCAUUCGAAUCGCUAAGAAGUUGUACGAGCUAAAUGAUUUGCAUUCUUUGUUCGCCAUUAUAUCAGCCUUGCAGAGCGCUUCAGUGUACAGGCUUUCCAAAACAUGGGGCGGCAUAUCAAAAAAGGAAAAGCAAUCGUUCGAUAAGUUGGCCGAAGUGUUUUCCGACACCGACAAUUGGUCCAAUCUUAGAAAACAUAUCGAAAGCUUAAAGUUACCGUGCAUACCUUAUCUCGGACUGUAUUUAACGGACCUUGUUUACAUCGACAUGGCUCAUCCGCACACCGGAGGUUUAGAAUCUCAACAGCGCACAUUGAAAAUGAACAACAUCCUUCGCGUCAUCUCCAAUUAUCAGACAUCCGAUUAUUCGCACUUAACCGAGCUGCCUCAUAUCCAAAACUAUUUGCACUCGGUUAGGUACAUUGAAGAGUUGCAGAAGUUCGUCGAGGAUGACCAGUACAAGUUGUCGCUGAAGUUGGAACCGCCGCCCAGCAUCCAAGCGUCGAAUUCGAAAGAGGCGAUUAGCAAUAUGGACGUGGCGACGAUCGCCUCUUUAAAUUUGUCACCGGCCAAGGCGUCCGGCGGAUCUUUACGUCUGCACGCUAUAACUUCGAGCGGCAAGUACAUUCCAGGCCAUAGGAAGUGCAACAGUCUCGGCACUAAAUUUCGUAGCGCAAGUCUUCCUCGCAAUUUUAACAAACAGGGUAUAUCAUCUGUAACGGUAUCGUGGGGUUUGUUCGGCAAAACUCACGGCGGCACGUCGAUCGACGUGAAGGAAUUCGCCAAGGGUCUGCAUCUGCUCGAUGAUUCGGAACUGGAGGACGAGACCAUGUGCCUCGGCGGCAACGAUCCGCCGUCGCCGUCGACUGAAGUUCCUUUUCGGGCGUCGUUCCAAUCGGAGGAAGACUGCACGUUGCUGUCUAGGUCGACUGAUGAGGCUUUGCUGACCAAUGACAGCUUUAAUACAAUGCAAGGUUGUGUGCGAAGAAAAGCAAUACUGAAAGAAGGCCGCAAACCGGCUGUCGCAUCCUGGCAGAGAUACUGGCUUCAAAUUUGGGCGUCUUCUUUAGCUUACUUCUCUCCUAAGAAUUUUAAAGGUUCUCGCCGUUCGGAUUUUAAAAGUGAACCUUGCAAAAUGAUGUCACUUGUAGGUUGUACCGUAAAACUUAGUGAUAAUCCGUUGCAUUUGGACACAUUUCACAUUAUCGAUCACCAUCGAGGAAAUGUCUACAAAUUCAAAACGGGAAGCCAAAGUACCGCGGACAAAUGGUGCCGUCGCUUACAGCACGCUUCGUCGGGCGAGACCAAUCCGUUGCCCGCAAAUUUAAUGUCAUUUGAAUAAUUCGCGUUGGCGAAGAGCGAAUUUUUUCCAGUAAUUGAUGUGCUUCGAAGAGUAUCUAAUUUUAAGUCCUAGGCACCAGUGUUCAAUGUGAUUUUUUUUCCUGUACAUGUUCAUUUUAUUAAGUUUUGUAUUAAAUUAGUUUAGCGCUUUUAUACAAUAAAUAUUUCUAAUUAC